CCUGCCGUGCAGCUGCCGCUACCGCCGCCCCUCCGUCUGUCUGCACGUCCGUCUACCCGCAGCAUGAGUGGCCUGCGCGUCUACAGCACGUCGGUCACCGGCUCCCGCGAAAUCAAGUCCCAGCAGAGUGAGGUGACCCGCAUCCUGGACGGAAAGCGCAUCCAAUACCAGCUGGUGGACAUCUCCCAGGACAACGCCCUGAGGGAUGAGAUGAGAGCCUUGGCGGGCAACCCCAAGGCCACCCCACCCCAGAUUGUCAACGGGGACCAGUAUUGUGGGGACUAUGAGCUCUUCGUUGAGGCCGUGGAACAAAACACGCUGCAGGAGUUCCUGAAGCUGGCCUGAGUCUAGCCGGCCCACGGUUUUCCCACUGGACUCCGUCACCACAUUCUCCCCACAGUCCUCACUCAGCCAUGAAGGACCUUGUGACCAACUCCCUGUCAUUCCUAACCUUCUCAUCUUGGAGUCCCUCCCCCACAUCCAGGCCCCUUCUCCUCCCCUCUGUAGCUGUAGCCCCCUCUCCUCCGUUCAAAGGCCACAUUCCUCACCCACAAGUCUCAGAAAUUGUCUUACGCAUCAGCUCCAGUGCUGGCUUCCCCAGCCAAGCCUUGGGGCUGCCAACCUGCCUGGCACUGGCUGAUGGGCACCUCUUUUGGUUCCAUUAGCCAGAGCUUUGCCAAAGGCCCCGCAACCCUUCUCCCAGGAGCACCCUUGAGACAAUUAAAUGCCCCAUUCCAUUGGCA